CAGCACCGCCCAGCGCCGAGUCCCACCGCCGUCUACGCCAUGCGCCUGCUGCUGCCGCUCCUGCGCACGGGCUGGGGCUGGCGCGCGGGGCCCCCCGCUGCUGCCCGCUUGCCCCGGGGAACGAGUGCAAAGCCCGCGCCUCACCGCGCCAUGGCCCUCUACCGUACCGAGGGGCGCGGCCAGCCCUACGGCGGGCGGAGCGCGCAGGGGCUCCCGCGGCCACCCCGCUGGGGCCCUGCAGCCCUAGGCGAGCCCCUGCCGCCGUUCCGGGCUCACGUUCAUUCAGGCGUGGGAGGGACGCGCAGAGUCCGCCCUUGGGCCGCCUUUCUCGGCGGCGUAAUCAAGCUCCUCCUCCCGGGGAGGGCCGCCUGCAGUUGGAGGGGCAGGCCGAUCCUCGGAGGUGCUUCGUCCAGUGGGUCUUUUGCGGGGGCGACUCUGGCCAAGGAUCUUCUCUCCGAAGCAUGCGUUUGUACCCACAAGUUGGCACUCGGCAUGCUGUGCUGCAUCAAGAGCCUAGUGGGCCCCAGGGUCGCCCUGUCUCCUCCUCACACUGAGCAAGCCUCAGAGGGCGAAGCAAAUUGCAGGGUGCUGAGCUGGCCGGCCGGGUCGGAAAAUGACCCGUUUCCCAUUAUUCUCAUUUUUCGUGGCAGUCGUAUGCGGCGCUGUGUAGAGAAUGUAGCUGGUGACUACAUUUCCCCCUUCCAUGAUAUUCCUCUGAAGGUGGACUCUACAGAGGAAAAUGGCAUUCCUACAAAGAGAGCACGAAAUGAUGAAUAUGAGAAUUUAUUUAAUAUGGUUGUAGAAGUACCUCGGUGGACAAAUGCUAAAAUGGAGAUUGCCACGAAGGAGCCAUUGAAUCCCAUCAGGCAGGAUGUGAAGGAUGGCAAGCCUCGCUACGUGGCGAAUAUCUUCCCUCACAAGGGUUAUAUAUGGAAUUAUGGUGCUCUCCCUCAGACUUGGGAAGAUCCCCAUCGAAAAGACAAGAGUACAGACUGCUGUGGAGAUAAUGACCCUAUUGAUGUUUGUGAAAUAGGCUCCAAGGUUCUUUCUCGUGGAGAGGUUAUUCGUGUGAAGAUCCUUGGAAUUUUGGCUCUUAUUGAUCAGGGUGAAACAGAUUGGAAAAUAAUUGCUAUCAAUGUGAAUGACCCUGAAGCCGCAAAAUUUCAUGAUAUUGAUGAUGUCAAGAAGUACAAACCAGGUUACUUGGAAGCUACACUUAAUUGGCUCAGAUUUUAUAAGGUGCCAGAAGGAAAACCAGAAAACCAGUUUGCUUUUAAUGGAGAAUUCAAAAACAAGGCUUUUGCCCUUGAAGUUAUUAAAUCCACUCAUGAAUGUUGGAAAGCAUUGCUUAUGAAGAAGUGUGAUGGAGGGGCUAUAAAUUGCACAAAUGUGCAGGUAUGCGACAGCCCUUUCCACUGCACUCAAGAGGAAGCGAGAUCAAUAGUCGAACUGGUGCCGUCAUCACCGAGUAAGGAAGGAAAUGAAGAAGACGCAGAGCAUGUAUGGCACUUCCUUGGCAAGUGACUGGACCGUCUGCAGUUCUGCCAUCAAGACUCCAGUCUCCGAGGACCCCACGACUCCCACUUCCCCAAAUGCUAGAGACUGGCAGAGCUAUGGAAUUCACUGACCUCCUGAAACUUCAUUUUUUCCCCAAUUCUUUUUGAGAUAAACAAUAUGUAAAUAAAGACUGAAAUUUUUGAAUUA